UCACUGCACAAAAACCAGAACAGCAGGGCCCAGAGCCAGAGGAGCCGCUGUCCCCACGAACAAGGUGGGCUCUGAGGUUAGGGAGCAGUAGGAGGGGAGUUUUAAGAGGCUAAGAUAGGCAAGGGCCUGCAGCCCAGCUCCCUAGCUCUGGGAGGAGAGAUUUGAUUCCUCAGCUAGAGCAGGACUGGAACAGGUGAGGGUCACCUGCCUCAUCAAGCUCAGAUGCUGCAAUCCACUGCCACCACCACAUAUAUCCGAGACACUAAAGAUCUUAUUGCUAAACUGGAAGACCUUCCCGUGCCUAGAGGAGCGAUCCUGGCAACACUCGAUGUAGGUUCUCUCUACACUAAUAUCCCACUAGAGACCAUAAGAGGGACCAUUGAAAAUUUACUACGUUCCAGACAAGAACAAACCCCUCCUUAUUAUUUUUUAAUCCAAUUACUGGAUAUUGUUUUUGAAAAUAAUUUCUUCAGGUAUAAAAAUGACUUCUACAUCCAAACCAAGGGGGUUGCUAUGGGCGCGGCAUUGGCCCCAUCGGUAGCAAACAUUCACAUGAUUGACUUUGAAAACAAACAUUUUUUUUCUGAAUCUAACCCCUUUACAAAUGACAUCAUUCUGAUUAAAAGAUACAUUGAUGAUUUGCUCAUAAUUUUUAAAUCUGAAGCAACAUGUAUUGCAUUCCAAGAAUGGGUGAACACAUUGGAUUCCCAUCUAAAAUUUACUUGUCAGUAUCACAAAAAAGAAAUUCCAUUUUUGGAUGUAGUGGUCUACAUUUCAAAUAGAAACACCUUGGCAUUCAAACCAUAUAAGAAAUUAACGGAUUGUUACUCCCUACUCCAUUACUCUUCAAGUCACCCUUCUCAUUUAAAAAGAAAUUUACCAUACGGACAGUUAAUCAGACUGAAAAGGAAUGCUACAGACAAGAGAGACUAUAGAAAUGCGGCUCAUCAGCUAGAAAAAGCUCUCGUUAACCGGGGCUACCCUAAUUGUAUCAUACAGGACGCAUACAGACGUGUAGACGGUCGCAAUCGAAAAAAUUUGCUUGAAACACGGUCUGAUAGCAUUAAAAACAGAAAACCCAGCCGCCUGGUCAUGGGGAUGGAUUUCACACCCCUGGCCAGCCACAUUAGAAACAUUAUAUAUAAACAUUGGCAUAUUGUGGAAGACAUACCUGGCUGUAAAGAUCCCCCCCUUUUAGGGUUGAGGAAGAAAGGAACUUUGCGCAAUCAAUUGGUCAAAGCUGAUUGUUUGGAAUCACCAUCCAUUGUCACUAAAGGCCACUAUAGAUGCGGCUCAUGCAAUAUGUGCCCCUACAGUUUACAAGUAAAAGAAAUAAAAAGUGAACAUAUGCAGUUCACUUUUAAAAUCAACUCCAUGACCACAUGCAACUCCAAGAACGUAGUUUAUUGCAUACGGUGCCCUUGCAACAAACUGUAUAUAGGCAGCACCACGCGGGCACUAAAGGUACGUAUAGGAGAACACAGAUCACGCAUCCGCAAUAAAGUGAUGGAAGCCCCUCUUACACCUCAUUUUUUACAAAUGAAACACAGUGACUCCGAUUUAAUGUUUUUUGGCUUAUGGCAGUACACACCCAAGAAAUACCACAAGCAGGAUAUCCUAAAAAUAUUGAGACAACAAGAAACUAAAUUGAUUUUUAUGUUUAAGACAUUACAACCGGACGGUUUAAACUCAGAUCUUGACCUUUCUGUAUUCAUUUAAACGAACACACUAGCAGUAUAACAUACAGUAAUCAUAGAGAUACUGUAAGUGUUAUCAGUACUCACAUUCUUCUGCCCCCUCCUAAUUGUCAUCUUUAAUUAUUAUCACCUGUGAACCAACUUUUUGUAUAUAAGUGUGCUCCAAACACAGGAUAUUUGCUUAGUCAAUACAUGCUCAAACCAAAAAUACUCUGAAUACAAGAAAUGUAAGUAUCUCUUUUUGUGUACAUGUAUUUUAGAAAUUGUAUUACUGUAUUAUUUCAAACAAUAAUUAGAAUUUGAUUUGUAUUACCAGUGAAUAUGUAAAUGAGAGAACCUUUUGAAAAAACACCUGAGCAUUGUGGCCUAAGCCAAGAUAAGUGGUUUCAUACAAAUUUGAAUGCACUAAACAUAAAAGUACAAGGAGAACUACUGAAGAAGCCCGUCAUAUGGGCGAAACAGGCAAAAAAACGCCGGCAGCCUGUCUACUACCAUUGACACCUCGUUCGACCUGCUGCCACUUGCUGACCGCUAGAUAGCCUCAAAGACUAUAAAGACUGGUUUGCCUUUAAUUUGUACAUGCUAUCUGUUUAACGUUUGAUUUUGGCUCUUGUGUCAGCACUUGUAUAUGGUUCUCUUAUUGUUUUCUCUUUGGAUUAAUAAUACUUGAUUGAAACUGGAUUGAAUUUGGUGCCUUUGCGUGCUGCUUGUUUUAUUUUGGACAGAUGCUGCAAUCAGCAAAGUACAAAAGGGAAACAGAGCUGAAAGGCUGUGUCUGCUCGGCUGUCCAUGUUGAAGGACCUUGGCUUGUAUGCUCCUGGACCUCUGCAGACUUGGCUACUUGUAUUGACCCUGGACUGUGUCUUUGGACUUUGCUUGUGUAGAUUGAACCUUGGACUUUGGACUUGGCAUACUGACUUGCUGCCAGGUAGGCCAGGGAUUCAGGGCAAUGGUAAUGUUUUGGAUGGGUUGGAGAUCAACUAAACCAGGUAGUGACAACUGCCAUGAUGUGGAAUAACUUAAUACACUCUUUCUCUAUGUAGGCUUUAGACCUGAAGUAUUUCCCCAAACCCCAUAUGCCUGUGAAUAGCCUGAGGCUUAAAGAAUUAAUUUUAUUUCAUACAUAAUGUGGGUCACAGUGGGAUGCUUGAGGCUAAGCAGAGGUUACUACCAACUUCCUAAUUGUGCACAUGCUUAAAAUGAAAAGGAUUACAAAAAUGGUUGCCAGCAGACCAAGUGGGGCCAUCAGACUUUGAUUUGGACUAGGGUACUUGGGGGAAAGUUUUUGUUGGGAGUUUUUGCUGCUGUUACUGAUUAAUUUUUUGUAGCUUUAUUUUUACGUGGAAAUUGUUCAGUUUGGUUAUGUAGUUUUUGAUGUGUUUUCUUCAUUUUUAUGACUACUUUGCUAUGUUUGUAAUUAUGUAAAUCUUUUCAUAUUGUAAGCUGCCUUGAGCAUUGCUUUAAAUGUGGAAAGGCGGCAUACAAAUAAAAUGAUGAUUAGGUAUUUGGUGCAUUGAAAAAUGUUUGCCUCUCUUAUAAAGCCAAAGUAUUGAUUUACCAAUUGUAAAUAGCAUAAUGGUGGGUUGUAUCCAGCUAGACCCAUGGAAACCAAUUGACUUGUUAGGUGUGACAUUUAUUUCAAUGGGUCUACUCAGAGUAUGAUUUAGUAGGAGUUAUCCCCGUGUGCUUUGAUGCAUAGUUAAAGAGGUUCCAUAACCACAUUAAUGCAGUCAGUGGAGGUUGAUCCAAUAGGGCCAAUUGGGU